AUGGAUGCAGCCCCCCUCCUUGGCAAGGCUGCUGCUGAUGCAAAUGCUGCGGCAUUGGACAAGGGGCUGGCAGCUAUCCUGGCCUUCCUUGGGCGCUGCAGUGAAGCUCAUGCAGCCAGGGUGGCGGGACCAAUCUGUGCAGCCAUUGGUAAACAGGGCCUCAAGCAGCGCCCGGGCACUGUGAAGAGAUGCACAGAAGUCUGCAUCGCUCUCAUCGAGCACGAGCAGGCCGAAGGAGUGGUGGAGCAUAUCAUCAAGGCAUUUAGCGACAAGACCCCAAAAGUGGUUGUUGCUGCAUUGGAUCUGUUGACGCAAGCAUUCAGCGACUUUGGGCCAAAAGUGCUGCAGCCACAACCAAUCUUGAAGGCGGUGCCUAGCCUGUUCGAGGCAAAGCAGGUGCCCGUGCGAGACGGUGUGAAGAAGCUGACGGUGGAGAUGGCUGGCUGGUUGGGGCCAGAUGUCGUCAAGUCCCUCUUGCUGGACAAGAUGCCAGACAUGAUGCGGAAGGACACAGAGAAGCUGGUUGAGGAGGCUGGCACCGGCGCAAGAAAGCACCCGCAGCGUUUCACACGGAAAGAGGCCGUCAAGCGAGCAGACGCUGCACCUAUUGCUGCUGCCAUUGUGGGGGUUGCAGCUGCUGCCACGUCUGGACAUUCAGGGGCUGCUGAAGCGGAUGCAAACGACAUGGGGGUGGAUGCCUACGAGUUUGCUGAGCCAGUGGAGGUCCUUGGACGUCUGGACAAGGCCUUCUGGGAAGGCCUUGCAUCAGCGAAAUGGUCUGAGCGCAGAAAUGCCCUACAGAGCCUCAAGCAGCUGAGCAGCUCUCCAAAGCUUGCGCCAGGCGACUAUGCAGAUGUCGUGCGCGAACUCAGAAAGGUCAUUGUCAAGGACAGCAACGUCGUCUGUGUGGCAGAGGCAGCAGCGUGCCUAGGGAGCUUGGCCAAAGGCUUGCGCAAAGAGUUCUACAGUACAGCGCGGGCAAUGUUCCCAAACCUGCUGGACAAGCUGAAGGACAAGAACUCAGCCGUCUAUGUUGGUGAAGACUUCACGGCUGCUGUUGGACACAAGAAUCCCAAGCUGAAGUCAGAGGCCAUCAAGCUGCUUCAGAGCUGCAUUGAAGCUUCUACCAGGGAUGCCGCAAUGAAGGCGCAUGCACAGAUUCUGCCAGCUGUCGCCAUGGCGGCAAAUGACGCUGCGCCAGCAAUCCGCGAAGCAGCUGCGCAGGUUUUUGUGGCGUUUGCUUUCAAGGCUGGAUCGAUGAAACCUCUUGAAAAGUACAUGGACAAACUGGACGACAGCCGCAAGAAGAGGCUGGAGGACAUGCUGGCUGCUGCACGCUCUGGUGGAGCGCGACCUGCCCAGGCCGCUGCCCCUGCCCCAUCUUCGAGAAGCAGCCAGAGCAUCGGAGAUCCAUCCUUGCCAAAGCCCUUGUCACCCAAGGACACCAACUCCCUCAACUCUGGGAGAUCGGCUGCUGCAAGGAAGCCUGCCAGGCCGGCUCAACCCGCACAAGCCAGCGAGAAGGUCAUAGCAGAUGACGACGACGCUGGAUUGCAGAGUGGAGCACUCUCACGUGCUGAGGUGGAGGAGAAGAUGAUGUUACUGGUAGGAGAGGACAUUGUGAAUCGUCUGAAGAGCAGCAACUGGAAGGAGCGGCUGGCUGCAAUGGAGGACCUGCAGUCCCGCACCCGGGACUGCAAGGAGAACCUGGACGCAUCCAUGCUCAUACAGGGCAUGUCCUUCCUUCCGGGCUGGAACGAGAAGAACUUUCAGGUGCUGGGCAAGGCUUUUGAGCUCAUCAACCAGCUGGCCGGGAAUGAUGCAGCCAUUUCCAAAAAGGACGCAUUCCUAGCGGUUGUGGGGAUGGUGCCCAAACUCUCAGACAGCAAGCUGAAGAGCGCUGCGUUCGGCGCCCUGUCCGGUCUAGCUGAGGUUGUGGGCCCCCAGUUCAUCUGCGCCCAGCUGCACAAGCAGGCAUCAGGCCAGAAGAACCCCAAGGUGCUCAGUGAAUCGUUGGUGUGGAUGGCACAAACCAUUGAGGACUUUGGGCUCUCCACCCUGGAUGUCAAGCUGCUCAUCGACUGGAUGAUCGCCGACCUGGGCAGCAGCAAUGCUGGUGUGCGCAAUGUCGCGAUAGCUCUGUUGGGAGUGGCCCACAAGCAGCUGGGGCCUGGUCUGGUGCCGAUGUUGAGUCAGCACGUGAAGCCUGCUCUCAUGACAUCCCUGAACGAGGCCUUCAAGGCCAAUCCGGUCACCAAGGUGGUGCCUGUGCGCAAAGUGCGUGGCAAGGGUCCGACCGCUGCAAAGGGCCGAGCGUCCGCGCCUGCAGCAGCUUCAGGCAAAGCAGGGAAGACGAAGGAGGUGGCAGAAGCGGCUGCUCCGGAUGACCUCUUGCCUCGCACUGACAUCAGCGCAUCCAUCACUUCAAAUCUGGCAGAUAGAUUUGUCAGUGCCAAGUGGCAGGAGCGCAAUGCAGCUCUUGAAGAAGUGGAGGGCGUACUGAAGGCAGCAGGCGGGCGCAUCCAGCCCUCUGUCAGCAAUCUUGUGGCCCUGCUGAGGGUGCGCGAUGGUGUUGUUGCACUGCUGGAGGCCUGGGUGCAAAUCGUGCCGGCAGAGCGCGUCUUCUCACCUCUUGCAGACUACCUGAACAGCCCCAAGGCUGCCGGGGCUGAGGGGAAGGGAGCUGUGUUACGAUGGGCAGCAACGGUGGUCAAGGAUGGCAAGGACAGCAGCUGUGUUGAGGCAGCGAUCCGCUUGGCCACCUCCGGGGCGCUUGACAAAAGUGCAGAUGCUCGUGAAGCCGGCAGCGCGCUCAUGCUGACCCUCCUGCAGGUGCAUGGGCGGGCUGAUGUCAAUCAGGCAGUGAACAGUCUCAGCGGAGCCACCAAGAAAGCAGCCAGUGAGGCACUGCAGAAGGUUGCCAGUUCUCGCACGCACAAGGCUGCCCUGCCAUCGGGCCCUGAGAAACCACGUGCCACAAAGAGGGGGUGCCUGGCUGUGAGCAGCAAGAAGGAGGAACGGGCCCGCAAGCACCGAGGCAGGUUUGGGAAGUUUGAGCCACCCAGGGAGGACGAGGAGGAGUCGCUGGAAGCAGAGCUUGCGCCCCUGGCUUCAGAGCCCUUGCGGGGUCUGCUUUUUGCCAAGGAUUUUCAGAAGCAUGUUGAGGCUGCUGACAUGAUCAUGGCUGAGCUGUCGGCCACAUCAGAGGAGAAGGAGGCGGUGCUGUCCUGCCUAGACCUGCUGCUGCGGUGGGCGGUGAUCCGUCUGUGCGAUCCGCGCGGCAACACCACCAGCCUGCUCAAGGUCUUGGACAUGUGCAAGGCCCUGCUGGAGUUCCUGGACACCAAGGACAUGCAGCUGUCGCAGAUUGAGGCGGCCUGCUUCUUCCCUUGCGUCGUGGAGAAGGCCGGUCACAACAAUGAUCGCAUCAGGGCGCAACACAGGGAGCUGCUGCAUGUGGCGCAAAGGGUGUACCCAGUGCCGCGCCUCAUUGAGUUCCUGGCCCAUGGAUUGUCAUCCAAGAACUGGCGGACGCGCGUGGAGUGCACAGAGGUGCUCAGUGAUAUCCUUGCGCUGGAGGGUCUGUCGGUCUUUGAGCGCAGCAAGGAAAAGCCGUUCCCAGCCAUUGCACAGAUGGUGUCCGAGCGGGACAGGGGAGUGCGCGCAGCAGCUUUGAAUAUUCUGGAGAAGCUGUACCUGUUGACAGGUUCUGCAGGCACCUGGGCGGUGCUGGGCCAGCUGAGUCCUCAACAGCACUCGCUCAUAGAGGAGCGCCUGAAGUACAAGGACAAGCAGGACACCCCAGCAGCUGAUCCAACCUCCUCAUGGGUGGGCAGCCCGCAUGAGGCAACCGCAACCCCGCGCCAGGGGACGCACCUUGCACGGUCCAGCAUGCCCACCCCUGUACCCAAUGCCACUCCCAUGCCCCGCUCUAGCGUGCAGCAGGCACCCUCCAUGGCAAUGGGCGAGACCCUCACUCCGCUGGCCCCAAGCCUGCUUGCAAGACGCCAGGAGGCUGGUGCGGAUGCACAGCUGGCCAGAUGGGAGAAUGGCAUGACUCUUCUGCAGCAAGAGGAUGAGGAAAAGUUUGUGGAUGGCAUGAAGAUCCUGUUAUAUGACCUCAUGGAUGUCAACAAACAAAUGGAAAAGGGCAAUGAGAUGCCGGAGGAGCGUGUGCUUUGCCACUAUGCAUCAUGCGCCAGUCAGCUGGUGAUGGAGCUGGUCUGGAAGGUGCAGAAGGCUUUUGAACUGCCCAGGCUGGCUCUGGCUGUCCCGCUGGUGCCCCUGCGUGAGCUCAUCAAGGAGCUCCUCCUGCGGCUGAUGGACCCGGGCACCAGGGAAGUGCCCACUUUCACACACAUCCUGAAGGGCUUGAAUGUCCUCAUGCUCAAAGUCCUGGAGCAUGCGGACCAGACGCUGGGAAUCUGUGCUCUCAUCGAGCUCCUGAACUACAAGAGGGAGGGCAGCACAGUGGAAGAACAGGCAGCAUUUGCUGACCUGGUUGUGAAGUGCCUCCUGAAACCUACAAAAGCUCUUGAUGCCAAGAUCAAGGUUUUGGAUCUGCACCAGGUCUUAAUGACUCUGCACCAGUUCUUCGAAAGCCUUGGCAGCAACGAGAUCAAGCGGCGGGGAGUGGGGGAGGACAAGCCCUUGCGCAUGGCUAAGACCCUGCUGCACGAGCUCUGCAAGCGCGUGGGACACCAGAUCCUGGACUACAUGCCGGACGUAUCUAUUGACUGCCGGCCUGAUGAGUUACCCAUCAUCCACCAGUAUGUCCAGAUCAACCUGAAGACGCUGGUAGUGGCCCAGGUCCUGAGCCCUCAGAGCAUGCCAGCUCUGCAUUCGCGUUCAGCCACUGCACUGCCCUUCAGAGCAGCACCUUCCGCCUCAGCAAGGGAUGCAGACAUCCAGAACCAGCCCAAUAAUGUCCCUGAUGCAGCAGCGCACGUUUUGAAUGCAGGCCUGAAGGCUGUUGGCAGCAGCAAUGUGAGGUCAGCUUUGGCGGAGAUCUUCAAGAAGAUUGGGGACAAGAAGGCGUCUGACCAGGGGCUGAUGGAACUCCACCUGUUCCGCCUGAAGAAUCCGGACGUGGACAUCAAUGCGCACCUGGCCAAGACCUCCUCAAACUUCAGGGCUUACAUCGACAAUGGACUGAAGAAGGCUUCCAGGAAUUUUCCGGGGGGAGACAGCGUCCAGCAGCCUGCCGUGGAAAUGGAGCCCAGUCAAUCUGUGAGGGGAGAUGGGACCCCGCAGACUCCGCGCACUUCAAGCGUUGAACAAUUGCGGGCGCGCAUGCAGCGGCUCAAGUGCAGCCCUGCAUCAUCGUGA